AUGGUCGUCGUCAUCUCCGUCGUCGGAGUGAUUGUGAUUGUACGAGCAUUCCUUUGCUACAAGCGUUAUCAAGCUCGCAGCGUGGCUGCUGCCGACAAACAUGCAUGGGUGAACCGCCCAGCUGGAUGGGCAAACGAUGGCGGGAACGCAGAAGCCGCUGUUGCCCCUCAGAGGUAG